GGCGGCGGGCGGGCAGCACCCAGCCGUUCCCCGGGGGCCCGAGCCAUGCCCAGCGCCGACCGCCCGGAGGACCCAGAUAAAAAUUAAUCUUCUGAAAGCAGUGGAACAAUGGAACCUGACAUCAUCCGAAUGUAUUCUUCUUCCCCACCACCAUUAGAUAAUGGAGCCGAAGAUGAUGAAGAUGAUGAAUUUGGGGAAUUUGGUGGCUUUGCUGAAGUUAGCCCUUCUGGGGUAGGGUUUGCUGAUUUUGAUGCACCAAAUUAUGUUAAUUCCAAGGAAGAAUUUCUCCCCACAAAUCAUUUUAUGCCAAUUCAUGGCUUUUCAGAGAGUGUAGAGAGCCUUACAAGCUUUAAGUCUGUUAAAAAUGGCAAAGACAAAGGCAGCAUUGCAGAACUUUCUAGUCCCACCAAAGGACAAUCUGAUAUGCUGUCUUCUACCACCAGCAAAGAAAUAAUUCAGUCCAGAACUUCAACUCCUACAGUUGAUGCCAUAGAAAGUCCAGGUGAUUUAAGAAAAAUAGAGGAUUUGAGAGAAAAUAGUAGAACACCUGAAAGCGUCUCCUCUGAAGGUUUUAGAACUGAUGGGGAAGUGACUUAUCAAGAUGAACAAAUGGACAGCUGUAAUGGUGAGAAGCCCUCGUGUCUAGAACUUCUAACAAAUGGAUAUGCAUUAUUGGAAACGGUAAAUCCUCUGGGAGCGGAUGAUCUGGACAACAUCACUAACUCACAGGGACUAAAAACUCUCAAUAUUCAUAGCACCAAGUUAAAUUUAGAAUCCAUGCCCCAGUCUCCUGAGGAGUUCGCAGAUUUUGCCUCAUUUUCAAAAAAGGAAAAGAUACCACUGGAAGAAAAAGGAAUAAAAGUUGUAAAAGACCGUGAAGCACUAACCGUUCAGGAAAACAAUAAAAUAAACAGAGUUAAUGAACUAAAUUCUGUCAAACAAGUGUCUUCAGAGAGAAGUUAUGAAAAUGAAGAGAUUUUUGUUCAAGAAAAUCAGUUCUGCAUUUCAGAAACUAGUGUAGCAAUUAGUGAGGAUUUUAGUAAUGGCAAUCAAAGCCCUGCAGCGCUGGAGCAGAAUGAAUUUAUAAGUUCUAGCACCCGUCCAGCCUUGAAUUCAGCAGAUAAAACUGAAAACACAAAAAGCCUUGGAAGGAGAGAACAGUCUGAAACUAAUGAAAAGCUUGAUUUGUCAACUUAUAAAUGUGCUGUUCCGUGUGUGGAUGAUAAAACUUCUGAAACUGUUAAACUUGGUGAUCUUCCAAAAGUAGAAAAUAACAAUAUUAGUGAAGAAGUCCAUAGUUUCAGCAGUCUUCCCUUAAACAAAAAUGCUUUGGAUGAUUUUCCAGAAGUGAAAAAUGAUAAUUGUGGUAAUGACUCUGUGUUGAGCCUUGACACAAACGAGGAUGAUUUUGGGGACUUUGGUACAGUUAGCGGAACAACCCGCCCUUUUGCCAGCAGUUCUCAAGAGUCAGUGGAUGCUGAAACUUUAGAGAAACCCUCUAAACAAUUUGCACAUUUUAAAGGACAGGGUGAUGACUUUGGAGAUUUCGGAGACACAAGUACUGCAAAAAACUUUACUCAAUCAGAACUAAAGCAAACUUCGCAUGCCUUGUCAGAGGAGCAUGAGGUCACGAGACCAUCUUCUGGGUUGGGAGUUGAAAGUGUUGCUAACCUGAUCUAUGAUAGUGACGGUCAAUUUGGAGAUUUUGAUUCUGUGCCAAAAACGCGAGAUGAGUUCCAAGACUCUGAUGACUUUGCAGACUUCAGUUCAGCUGGUCCUAACCAAGCUGCAGAAUGGAGUGCUUUUGAAGACGAACAAAAGGAGAGUUGCUCGUGGGCUGCUUUUGGAGAUGAGCAGGCCGCUGAAUCUCAUCACAGAAAAGAGGCAUGGCAGUCACAUCGGACAGAUGAAAGUGUUGAUUAUCCGGUGACCCAAAAGACUCCUGGUGGCCCUUUGGCAACUCUUCAAGGAACCAUUGGUGACCAUUCACAAGAAUCAGCACCGUCGGUUCAGGCUGCAUUGAUAAGCCGUCUGCAACGAAUAUUUGAGGCCUGUUUCCCUGCUGUUCCUGUUUCUGGGGCUGAAGAGAAGGUUACUUCCCUGAAGCUGUUGUUGGAAAACUUAGAGGAAAGAACAAGAGAGACCUCAACAGAAAGUGGAGGACUGCUGGACGUGUGGACAGAACUGCAGGAUAUCCAUGAAGCAUAUGGAUUGAAAUACCAGUGGGGAGGCUCCCACAGCAACAAGAAGCUUUUGUGCUCUUUGGGAAUCGACACCCGAAAUAUCCUCUUUACAGGCAAUAAGAAGCAGCCUGUUAUAGUGCCCAUGUACGCAGCAGGACUGGGUAUGUUAGAGCCUACCAAGGAACCACUGAAACCUGUAUCUGCUGCGGAAAAAAUAGCUUCAAUCGGGCAGACACCUCCAGUAUCACCAGAGAUGAACACGUGUACGUCUGAUCAAUUCCAGGAAUCUCUACCACCUGUCCAGUUUGACUGGAGUAGCAGUGGCCUUACUAACCCUUUAGAUGCUAGUGGAGGUUCCACUCUUCUGAACCUUGAUUUCUUUGGGCCCGUGGAUGACAGUAGCUCUAGCAGUACCACCACAAUCCCAGGUGUGGAUCCGGAGUUGUAUGAGUUGACAACUUCAAAACUGGAAACGUGUAACUCAAGUCUCAAGGUGGCUGAUGCGUUUGCAAGACUCAUGUCCACCGUUGAGAAGACGAGCACAUCUACAAGGAGGCCUAAAAAGGAGGAGCACCUCAGUGAAGAGGCUGCCAAGGUGAUUGCGAGCCUUCCCGACUUGACUUUCAUGCAUGCCAAGGUGUUGAUGUUCCCAGCCACGUUAACCCCUUCAACAAGCUGCCAGGACAAGGUAGCCUGAUAAGCGGAUGGGAAUUGGACAAUUUCUAUUGAUUUUUUCUUUUUCCUUCCUCCCUCGCCCCUGUGAGCAAAAGCGUUCUUGCUUUUAAUUAAAACAAAUUCAAGUUCAGCUGAUUGGUUGGUAAGCAGCACUAGAAAGGUAUACAUAGCAAUGUAUAUUUAUUUACAUACUGAGGUCCUAAAAUUUAUAUUAGAAAAAUGUAAAUAAUUGGGGGUGAACAUUUUUUGGAGAUCUAUUCUUUUUGUGUUGCUGGGGUGUAUACAUUUAUGUCUUUGUGGAAUACACUGGUGGUGUCCUUCUUACAAAACUUUAAAAAUUAAAAAAAAAUCCAAAAUUCAGAUUUCACUGUCUGAAAUCCCCUUCAAUGUUCUCAGAUUACAUUAAUUGUCCUUUGUUUCUAGCACAUAUUGAUUACUUUUGCUAUAUUUUGCUAUCCCAAAAUAGUGCAAAAGUCACUUUUACUUUUGUGUGAGUGGUGGGUUUGUUUCGGAUCCUUAGAAAUCGGCUAAUUCCGAGGAUUUGGGGUUGUUUUAAUCUUUUCAGUCGGGCAGAUUGCUAAAUGACCUUUUGUAAGGUGCGGUCAUCAAUUCCUAAUCUGUCUUUUUGGUAUGGAUCAUUGUUAGAAUUUGAUUAGGGGGAGUUAUGAAGAGAUUGGUGUCUCUUUUAAUCAGUUUGAUUUGGAGAAGGACCAAAAUUGUAUGAAUGUCUUACAAUAAAAUUUACCUGUUGAUGGGUUUUUUUCUUUCUAUUGUACCACUAUUUUGUUUGAGGAUUUUGCACAGUGUAAAAUGACAUAAUCAUAGAUUGCUAUGGUUUAGGCUGUACAUACAGUAAAAACUAUGGGUUGUAAAUGUUUGGGGAAAUUCCUAUGGAAAAAAGAAAGAUAUGUAGAAGAACCUCUAACAAGGUUAACUAAUGUGCAUGCCCAAGGUCUUUUGAGAUUGAAGUGUGUAAAUUUCCUUUUAGCUUACACAAAAAUAAAAUAAUUUAAAAGAGA